AUGGACCCCUCGACAGAUAUCGUACUCCGAUACGAAUACGCCACCUUAACGAACCCCAAUGCCGAGCCCCGCACGAUGCAGGUGCGGCAGAUCGUGGAAGGCGCGGAGCCCGCCGACCUCUAUAAGCGGAAGAACGCCGAGACGAGCGUGUGGGAGAACGCAGGCCAGAUUGAAUGGUCAUCAAACACGAGCGGCGCGGUGUACUUUGGCGUUGAGCGGGCACACGCUUACCUUGGUGGCGGGCGGGGGCAGAUAUCAAUACGAGAGCUGCGCAAACCGAAGAAGCCAUCGAGCCAAUCCCGCCGCUUCAAGGUGAACGGCACGGAGUAUAAGUGGAAACUCGCGGAGAACAACACCGAUAUGACCUGCGUGAGCGACAGCCUCGGCGCGCGGGGCAAGCCGCUCGCGACGUGGACGGACGCGACGCGCACGCUGCGCGUCGCCGAGCGCGCGGAGCCCUUCCUCGACCGCGUCGUCGUCACCUGCCUCCUCCACGUCUGGUUCCGGCGGUGGAACGCGUGGUAG